UUAACCAGAAAAAUCCCAUUUCAAGAAUCUCUUUUUCAAGGGAGUCCGGGCCAAGACAGGCAGCAGCCAAUACGAAGCACUCAACAGUUACACAGUUAAAACACAAGCAGAAAACAAAAGAAAAGAAUCCAGAUUAAAUUCACAAGCGCAUUAUGAAAAACAAGCGCAUGUUGAGUCGGCCCCAAGAACUCUCUGUUUGGAUUUGAAAGCGUUCAAUGAAAUUAACUCAGUUUCCGGUCCUGCACCAGACAUUAAUGUCUUCGACUGACUAACCCCCCUCCCCCCCCCAAAACAAAGCAGCAACAGUUUCAUUGGUUGCUGCCAUCCUAAAAAGGAGAAGUGCACAGCGAGUGAGAAUGAGCAUCAGCAGAGCCAGAGAGAAAUCAGCAGACAUCAUCAAGUAUUAAGACAGACUUUCACAGCACGAGAAAAAAAAACUGAUGACCAUAUUUUCUUCUUCUAUCCGAAUGGACACUGAUGUUUCUUUGGUUGAUUUUAGAGAUAAAGGUAAUAUCAUGCCUAAUUCAAGUUCAUCUUGGGUGGACAAGGUUGCCACAUGCAUGCCCACAGUCUGUGCGGUCAUCUACUCUGUGAUAUUUAUGGUCGGGACUGUCGGCAAUGGUUUGGUCAUCUAUGUGACAGGCUGCAGAAUGAAGAAAUCAGUCAACUCAGUUUGGUUUUUCAACUUGGCCCUGGCUGACUUCAUCUUUACGUCCUUCCUGAUUUUCUUGAUCAUCUCAUCAUCUCAGGGGUACCGCUGGAAUUUCGGGGAUUUCAUGUGCAAGCUCAACACUUUUGUUAGUGUGAUCAGCAUGUUUACCAGCAUCUUCCUACUAAUGGCCAUAAGUGUGGACCGUUGCCUGUCCAUCUGUGUGGUGGUAUGGGCACAAAACAAACGCACUGUUGUCAAGGCUCAGUUGACUGUGACCAUCAUCUGGGUAGCUGCUGCACUCUGCAGCAUCCCAUAUACCUAUUUCCGUGAAGUUAUUGUCAUUAACGUCACGGAAGAUGAGAAGAUAACCUACUGUACUUAUAAGAAAGGGACACCGACAUUGUUCCUGGAGACUUUUCGAUUAGUUGUGGGAUUCGUCGUCCCAUUUCUGGUAAUAUGUGUCUCCUAUACGGCCAUAUUUGUUCGCACACGGCGUCUGCAGAGGACAAGGACACAUAGAUCUUACAAAGUUGUUCUGUCAAUCAUUUUUGCAUUUUUUUUCUGUUGGUUGCCCUUCCAUAUUGUACUCUUUAUAGGGCAAAAUAUGGGACACUCAAAGUAUAUAACUUUUAUUGGAGGUCCAGUAGUUAUGAUGCUAGCUUUCACCAACAGCUGCCUGAAUCCCUUCCUGUAUGUUUUCAUGUGUCAUGAAUUCCAGAGGAAGCUCAAACAGUCUGUUUGUUUUGUCCUGGAGAGUGCCCUAGCAGAGGACUUCUUGGUGUCCUCUCGCUCCUUGUCCUCACACCUCUCGAUUUCCCGGAGCUCACAUUCUGCUGCAUCAGUGCACGAAAGGAGGGGGACAGACACUUCCUUGAAGUUAAUAGAAAACAAAGAGCCACCAGGAGCGAAAACUCCGAGCACAGGAUGA